CCUAUUUACUUCGUCUUUCCAUCAUUCCAAUGCCAGUUCUUCAUCAGAUCUCUUUGCAGAAGGACGACUUGCGUGUGAUCCCACAGAGAAUAGAUAAAAAUGGGGGUUAAAACUGCCACUGUCUACGUCGUAAGACAUGGUGAGACCGUGGGUAACGAUACCAAGUUGAUAAUGCAUCCGGAUGAAGACGUGCUCAACACAACUGGAAAAAUUCAGGCAACCAAUUUGGCACAAACUCUGAAGGAGGUUAAUUUCACUGAUGUGUAUACAAGCAACUAUCCCAGGACAAUUGAGACGGCCUCGAUUGUCCUGUCUCACAACUUGAACAACAAGUCGCCACCGACAAAAACUGAUGAACGACUACGGGAAAUUGGAAUUGAUAACAUGUAUGGGCAACCUUAUGGGACUAUUUUUAAAGCCUUGAUUGCAUUUCUUAAUUCUGGACGACCUUUGGACGAGUUUGCUGUGCAGGAAAGUGAACCUCUUCCGGAAAUUAGAAAACGGGCAGGGGAAUUUCUUGUGGACCUCAUUCAAAACAUUUCCAAGUCAAACUCUCCAGACCAAACCAUACUCAUCGUUUCUCACGGGGCGUUCAUUCGGUUCUUUUUGGAACAUUUUACCAACGCUGCCAAAUUCAACCUGGCAGGUUGGGACCCCAGUGCCUUGAAAUUCACUCGUAACACGGGCUGCAACAUGUUCGUCAUCCAUGUUCCAGAUGAAUCUGAAACAGAACAACAGAUUCGUGUGAACUUUGAAAAAAUUCACGACUUUUCCCAUCUUACAAAGGAAAUGCUGGAGACCGAUUCCUUGACCAGGAUUGCUCAAACCCCUGAAGGAAAAUGCAUUUCAGGAUGCAUGCAAGUUUGAAAAUCGUCUUAAAUUUCUUGAUGAACGACUUUAUAAUAAUUGCUGUAGUAUAAUUGGAUUCGUGAAUGUCAGUACAGAAUAAAGUCACUGCGAUGUUUUGUUUGAUAUUAUCAGUCAAAAAUGAUUGAAAUUAUGAAAGGAGGGACAGUACCGUUUGCUGCAUUGCAUCGAUCGGCUUCGAUCUGAAUCACCGUAGCUGUGUACCCCAGAUUUGGUUUCCCUACCGGCCCGGCAUUGUUAUGCUCCGCUGGUGAAAGUCACACAAGCCGUGUGCAGUGUUUGCUGUUACAGAAUUUAAAUGAAUUUCAACCAAAUAGUCAUUUUUUAAAAGAAAGUGCGUUCUUUCUUAUCAGUCUGGUUAAGUACGAGUUCCUUAAGGACCACAUCUGUUCUCCAACUAUAUUCGUUUAAUUCAUGUUUCAAAUCAAACCUUUCCUUCUUUCCGGAUAGCGUGUUAAUUAAAUUUAAGAGUUUAUAUUUAGUUGAGGAGUUCUGCAAAAGUACUUUCUGCAAUUAGGAUUAAUGAUGACAUCCGAGAAAAAGGGCGACUAUAUCCUCGAGCCCAGCGCUCCCAUCACCAAGAAGGGAAUUUUGAUGUCAUUUUUGACUGGAGAACCAAUGCCAAUUCCUGAUGCAGAUUUGCUCGGGAAAUGUCGGUCCGUAAGCGAAUAUGAAAAAUUGAACAGGAUUGGAGAAGGGACAUAUGGAGUAGUUUAUCGGGCUCGAGACUACAAGUCAUCCGAAGUGGUUGCACUAAAGAAAAUGAGGAUGGAGAAGGAAAAGGAUGGCAUUCCGAUAAGCGCUCUUCGAGAGAUUUCAAUUCUAUUGAAUGUCCAGCAUGCAAACAUUGUAUGUUUAAAGGACGUUGUCGUCGGCAGAAAUCUUGAAACCAUGUUCUUGGUGAUGGAAUAUUGCGAACAGGAUUUGGCGAGUUUGUUGGACAACAUGCAAAGUCCCUUUACCGAGAAUCAAAUCAAGUGCAUCCUUAUUCAGCUGUUUAAGGGACUUCGUCACUUACAUCGAAACUUUAUUGUACACCGAGACUUGAAGGUGUCAAAUUUGCUAAUGACGGACAAAGGAAUUCUGAAAAUUGCGGAUUUUGGUCUGGCUAGAAAGUAUGGUUUACCAUUGCAACCCAUGACGCCGGGUGUAGUAACCUUAUGGUACCGCUCACCAGAGCUAUUACUGCAUGCCAAAACACAAACUACCGCUUUGGACAUGUGGGCAGCAGGGUGCAUCUUUGGAGAACUUCUUUCUCAUAAGCCUCUACUUCCUGGACGCUCUGAAAUUCAUCAACUUGACCUCAUCAUCGAUCUUCUCGGCUCCCCCAGUGACUCAAUUUGGCCGGAAUUUCAUAGCUUGCCAGCCGUUCAAAAUAUGACACUGAAGCAUCAACCUUACAACAACAUUAAGGACAAGUUUCCUCUUUUAUCUGGGGCUGGGUUAAGACUGAUCAACUUCCUGUUAAUGUAUGACCCAAGAAAACGUGCAACAUCCGAUGAGUGUCUGCAGAGUUCAUAUUUCCGAGAGCCUCCAUUGCCCUGUGAGCCAGAUGUAAUGCCAAGCUUCCCCCAACACCGCAAUAUGACUAUAGGAAAUCGCUUUGAUCGAGUAUAGAUACUCAAAAACAAAUAACUCUGUUAAUAAGUAUGCGUUGUUGCGCCACUAUGCAGAUUUGAAUGAUACGUUCCUUUGUUAAAACAACUUUCUUGAACAAGAUUUUUAUUAUUGGUUAUUUUUUUUAUUCUUUCCUGUCACGAUGUUUUUAGUUUACUAAAUAUAGACAUAAAAAUAUUAAAUUUGUCUGAUCUUACAAA